GACACAAAUUUGGUGUUAGACAACAAGGCUCAAUCUUUUUCUGUUUCUUUCUUUCUUUCUUUUAUCACCACUUCAUUUAAUAAAAAAUCAUAUAUUUAUCUUUCAUAUAGAUAGAAAUCAAUGUCUGCUACUGUGGGAGCUAUCUCUUCAGCCAAGGAAGUCAACUUCAACUCUCAAACAAAUGAAGAAGAGCUCAAAAAGCCUUCUGGUGAUGAACCUGCAGACCAGCUAAGGAAUGGUGAAACUGCCAUUGAAGAUGGCCUUGACAAUGAUUUUGGUGAUGACCCAGAUGAUGAUGAGGAUGACCUUUCGAAGUUGAAAUCUGAGACCCAUUUGCGUCUUGGUCCCCAGUUUUCAAUCAAGGAGCAGCUUGAGAAAGACAAAGAUGAUGAAAGUUUGAGGAAAUGGAAGGAACAACUUCUUGCAGGUGUUGAUCUCUCUGCUGUUGGAGAGAGUAAAGAUCCAGAGGUGAAAAUAUUGAGCCUAACAAUCCAAUGCCUUGGAAGAAAAGAUGUUGUCCUGCCAAUUCCAUUCCUUAACAAUCCAAAAAGCAGGCUUUUCUCUCUCAAGGAAGCAAGUAAGUACCACCUGAAAUUCACCUUCACUGUCUCCAACAACAUAGUUUCAGGCCUCAAGUACACCAACACUGUCUGGAAGACUGGUAUGAAAGGUACAUAUACAUACAUACAUAUAUAUAUAUAUAUAUAUAUAGCAUGCAUAUGAAAGAAAGGAAGGGCUUCUUUGGAGUAUUAUGCAACAAUAUAGACACAUGAAAAUCAUGGUGUUUUUUGGUGUUUU